UGCCUGAACAGGAUUAAAUUGUAAAAACCGCCUACGCGCCGAAAAUUUUUUAUUUAGAAAAAGAGGGAAAAGGGUAGAAUAUUCCGGCACCACCGCGAAGCAAAGUUAAAGAGGGAAAAGGGUAGAAUAUUCCGGCACCACCGCGAAGCAAACCCUACCUCUACUGCUCAUCUCCAGCUCCAGGAAUGCCUUCCUUUCCUCAUCCCGGUUCUGUCACCAUUUGCGAAAUCAAUCGCGACCUCAGUCAUCACUGCUGAGAGCCUCUCGGACAAUGUAGCCAAGGACACUUAUGGAAAGAUUAUUGUCAGUAAUGAAAGAUUAUUGUCAGUAAUCCUUCAAAGUCUGUCCAUAUGUAUCUAAUUGAUUAAUGUUGGGUGGGUCGUAUACAUUGGCCAUUGAUGUCACAUUGGAGUUUCUGGGUAUGUAGGGAAUGGUAUUCAGCCCAGUUCCGCUUCAAUCGGAUCAGCUGGUGCGGCCACCGAGUCCUGACCAGGACCCCCAGCAAGUUGUAACAACUCCAACAAAGGGAAUUCUACAAAAUUUGCAGGGGAUUCUUAACCUCACACCUCUCUUCCGUCCUAAUCAUGUAAGCUUAUUACCAAAAGUUGAUCUUAAAGGAGUGAGCUGGCACCAACAUAAACUUGUUGUAGCGCUUAUAUCUGGCCCAAUUCAAGUUAUAGUUUGGAAUUUCGAAGGGAAGGAGCCAUGCAUUUUGGCCAAUGAGUCCCAAAGAGAGGUCAAAGUACUUGAAUGGAGGCCAAACGGUGGGAGACAACUUGCUAUAGCAUGCAAAGGUGGAAUUUGCAUUUGGGUUGCUUCUUUCCCAGGAAUUGCAGCAUCUAUCAGAUCUGGUUCUUCUUCCUUCCUGGGAACUCUCUCUAGAGGUUUUGGAAUUCGAUAUACUUUGGUGGAUUUUCUUCGAAGUCAUAACGAGGAACAGAUUAGUGCAUUGUCAUGGAGUCCUGAUGGAAGAUAUCCAAACAAUCUCUAUUCUGGUUUUCCAUUAUAGACUCUACAUUACAUGAAUAUGGAGGCUUUCUUGCAAUUUAUCACUGUCAUCUAUAUGCAAACUUUAUAAAAAAUUUUGAGAAAACUUUAUGUUUCUGUUUUACUUUUGCAUUCACUUUCUCUAUAGUAUGUUGUGGACUCAAUUUCAUUUUUUAUACAUGGAUAUUCUCAAGCAGGAAAAAAUGCCCCAUUUUAUUUGUAUUGAAGAAGAGCCUUUAUUUUCAGAUUAAUUUCACACUUACUUUUGUUCAGUCGUGCUAUAUGGGAUUUCCUUGACGUGUACUCACAUAUUUGGCAUCUGGUUCUCAUGAGAGUGUAAACACGGAAAUUUCCUGAAACAAGAAACAAGAAUACGUGUACAAAAUAAUAUUUUUGUGUUUAAUGAUUUUGGGGUUACGAUCUCUUUGUAAUUUGAUCCUUUGAUUCUAUCUUCAGUAGGGUGUAGGUUUG